UUGUAGCGGUACUGCGGCUCAGGUCGCACGUGUCUCUCUCCGUUUUCGCGUGGUUCGCGUGUUGUCGGCGUCGCUCGCGCGUGUGUGUUACCAUUCACUCCGUCCCGGUCGCUCCCUUGCUCGCUUAGCCACGAUCUUCCAUCUUCGACGCGUCGUCCGUGGGUUCGCCGACAUUAUCCGCCUCGCACGAGUCCGCCGCGUGACGUCUGACCAAGCACGCGGUUCUUCUACUCGCGCGUUGCGCGCCUCUUCCACUUGAUGUUCAUUCGUCAAUAGUCACCGAACAGCAGUUCGAUCGUGAUGACGCAGAGUUUCUCAAACGUAGUCCGAUCAUCCGGCGAAUUUGCCAUGUUGUCGUCGUCCGUCUAAGGAAGAAGGAAUUAAAAUUCGUUCACCGAUGGCUGGACGAAGGAGUUGUAACAUGAUGUAGAACCAAUUGCGUGUUCGCUUUGAACUACGAACAGAUUUCUGGGCGGAAAGGAAUAAUCGCGGAUCGGUUAUUAAUAAAGAGUGACGUAGCCACAGGAAGAGGAAGUGCUCGAUCGAAGCAUCGACGACGUGGAUAAUCUGGGAUAAAGUAUAAAUAAAUAUUAUUGAGACGACGGAACUUGCGUAACCUUCGCGGAGAGAAAGAUAGGUAGAUAGAUAGAUAGAUAGAGAAAGAGAGAGAGAGAGAGAGAGAUUGACUGUCGGUUCAAGCAGGUGCAUUCGACGGACACGUCCAGUUGGAUGACACCUGUGCGAGCGUAGCGGUGGCCCCGGUGCGUGAAACGAUCGACGAAUGAGAGUGUCUGGAUCCCGAUGAUCGGCGAACGCGAACAGAUCGAUCAUCGUAUGAAAAGGUGCGCGCGGUGCGCGUGCCGGCGCGCCGGUGCACGAGCGGGCAAACUGAAUUUAAUGUUAUGGUAACGUGAAUCGAUCGUUGGAUACCACCGCCCCUUUGCCAUUGCGAUUUUCCGUGCCCGUGCAUGCACGUAACCACCGUGAAAGCUUCGCGAAGAAGGCGAAAAGGUAAUUGAACUAUCGGCCCCUGUUCCUCCUCCUCCUCCUCCUCCUCCUCCUUCUUCCAUACUCCUAUCGCCGCAAUUUCCAGUCUAAAUUACCCCGGGACGAAAGUUUGUCGACUUUUCCGUUCGUGGUAUAAUAACUGCAACUCGCGCGAACGAGUUCGCUCGAGUAACGUUCGUUGUUCCGCACGGAAUUCUCCUGUGUGCGCAUUUUCUCGGCACAGAGAUCCAUCGGAUCGAUCGGUGCCGGUCGGACUUCAAAGAGAGGAGGACACGGGCAGGGAAAAAGGGGUGAGAAGCCGCACACACGACCACACAGUUGCGCUCACCCGGAAGAAUCCUCGCGACUGGCACGUGUUAAAACGCUGUUGGUUAUUCGGUGGUGAUCAAUCAGCUCGAACAGUCUCUGUACUAAGGAAUCGUGUACCGUCUAUCGGAAGCUCGUUGAAGAUUAAUGUCCUUGGUAUUUAGGGUUGACGAGUUGAUCUUAACAGAUAAAAUAUCGACGAUUAUAAGGCUGAUUUGACUACGACUGUUCAUCAAGUGUAUGAAGGAAACUAAUCAUCGACGAAAAGGUUAAAUUUGGAAUUACCGACUAAAUAUUGAUCUCGGACUGCGACGGAGUAACGAAACUUGGAAAUCUCAACCGGUCGAUCAAUCGAGUUCUUCAAGUAAAUGAGGUACUCGAAGUAGCCGGCUUGCACAUACGUCCCUUUAAUCGUGUCACUUUUGAAGGACGAGAGGAGGAUCGUUCGAUGCGUAACUGAUUUCGGAAGACUGCACGGCAGGUAUUUGCCAGAAAUUUUGGACGCGUGCGUGACAGGAAAAAUCGGCGGAACGAAGCGAUCUAACGAACGGGGGGAGGAGGAGGAUCCUCUUAGGUCGUUUGCUCGAGGGGAUCGUUAGCUGGUAAUCGACACCGAGGUCAGUGUUCGCCGGGCAUAAAUUUUUACGCUGGCGGAAACCCUAUCGAGCCACGUUUGCGGCUUGCAAACGUUCGCGAAGGUGCGAGAAACGUAGGAGGGAAUCGAGUAACAAGGCGAACUGGUCUGUUUGUCUGGUCGAUAUACAGAGCCAGCGGAUAUAUUUAUGUUCCACGAGGGCAUGGAGAUUUACACAAAAAGGUGAUGAAAACAUCGAUGACCCUUGUAACGAGAACGUAGCACGCUGUUGCCGCGUUCGAAAGACUCUGGAAUCCACAGGUCGAUAAAUUGAAGAUCAACGACUCCGGACAGUAGCCGAGAGUUUCACGAGACCGAAAUCAUUGCCGACGAUAGAAAUUGGAUGAAAUUGGCGGAAACGGAGAAGACGAAGGUGAACGAGUUUUAUCGAAGAAUGAUAAAACCAAGAAUCGUAUAACCGACAUUUGUUCAAACUUCAUCGCGAAAGAAACUCGUGCACUUUUACUGACUUUACUUGGGAAGCAAUGUAGAAGAUACUUUGCAUUCGCGGACGUUCCACCGACGCAAAGUUAAUUGGAUUAUGAAUCAACGUGGCUGGCGAAUGAGGAAAAAACGAUAAGUUACGACGAUCGUUCGAUGAGCAAUUGAACUACUUGAUGUAAUUCGAAGAACGUGGAUCGGAACGUUCCGAGAAAGUUUCCACCGGCGAAAAGGGGAGAACGAUGCUCGAUAAUCCUUCGUUGGAGAUCAGCACGGUUGAAAGUAAUUCCAGUAAGAUAAGCAAGUUCACUGGGAAGCGCCGGAUGUACUGAUUGUCAUUGAAGUUGAUCGAACCUCUGGAUAGUUUAAUGGUCACGAUAUCAGCUUAACCUCUAUCGGCGAAACUCUUUGCGACACGCUCGUUGUAAAUUCGCGUCGCAGCACAGACAUAAAACGAAAAAUUCUUUCGACAAGAAUUUAAAAAGAUCUUUCGUGUAAAGAUUAAAAAAAGAAAUAUACAUAAUUAAUUGAGACCAGCGAACAGAGGUACGAAGAGAAUUAGUGUGUAACAAAUAAGAAGGUAAGAGGAAUGUACAACUAACGAUCGAAAUCGGUGAAAGAUUUUAAAGGAAAAUCUUUAGUAAAAACAGGAAGGAAGAGUAUAUAGUAAAUAAUCGAGACGAGCGAAGGUUUCUGAGGAUACAGGAAAUUAAAAGAAAAAGGGAAGAGGUAUGUAUAAUUAGGAAUUGAGACGAGCAAGAGAUUUCAAAAGGGCAUAGUAAAUCAAAGACUCGAAAGACGAGAGAAGUAGCAAGGCAAGUGACGCGAAACGUGGUAAUCCGAGCUGGAAUAGAGGCGGGCACGCAACAACGUGCCCGAAGGAGUCUUUCCGAGUCUCUUCAGAGAACGUCGAACAAAUUACUCGGCGUGCGCUUAGAACGCUCGAAAACAAGAGGAAAGCCAUUAUCAAACAAUUGCUCUGUUCAAAGUGGAGCCUUCUCCAUUUUCUUACACGUAACUUGGCAACGUAAACGCGACGCUCGUAAUUACUCGGUUGAAAUCCGUUUUAUAUCUCCUCCAUCGACGCUGAAACUUUUCAAUUCCGUGACGACACCGAGAGAAAAACGAGAAUGGAUUACGCGAGUCUUGAUUAACCGCGUGAUUACAGCUACGUGUCUUUCGACGUACGUCGUCGAGUGGAGGAUUUCGCGAAACGUGCAAUCCCACUGUCGUGAGACUUGCUUCAUGACCCGAAACUAAUUCGCGCGAGCUUCUCGGAGCGAGCGCGUUGCGAACGGCGUCGGUUCGUUAGAGAAUCGAAAGAAGCCGUGGGCAAACAGAGGACAAACAGAGAAAGAAACAUUGCAGCGAGCAAGGGGAAAAUCGCGCGCGUACACGGACAAACUGCGCGGAGUGAAGUGGUGCGCGUAAUUUGAACCGGAUGUGAACGGGGGUGUGAAUCAACGGCGAUGACGAGUAUUCGUGUAUUCACGUUGUCCGAGUGUCUGGAUGAAAAGUUGGCCGCGAUAGCUAUAGAAUAUACAUAUGGGGAUCGCCGCGUGGCUAAGUACGCCGCGAGCAUGGCGCGGAAGUAGGUUUUCCUUUCUUCCGGCUUCUUGCUGGAGAAGCGGCGGUACGAGUGGCCUCCGAGAAGAGGACGAUGAUGUCUAGACAAAGCAAAGACCCGGUGCAGAAGUGCCACUCGGACCCAGGCGCUGCGAGUACCACCAGUACUCCUUGCAGCCCUGGUAAGCGAAUUUCUCGACGGCUAGUGCCAGGGAUUCCCAGUUCCUCCAACACACGCAAAUGUGUUCUCACCUUGGACGGGUAUAGCUACGUGAUCGUUGCGUCUCCGCCGGAUCGACGAGCCACCAGAGACGAUAUUACAGUGUCCUCAUCCGGUGCAUCCCCGAACGUUAAUGCAACUACAAGCUGCACUGGUACAUCGUCUCGAUUGCACAAUCCUUCCUCGCCUGGUCGAAAUGGCCAGCUAUCGAAACAAGGCACAUUAACGAUAGUACGUCGAAGUUCUUGCAAGAAUAAGAGUAUCGGCGGAAGUUUCGAAAGUUCACCGCCGCCGCACAGUCCUGACACUCUUUCGUCAAGCCAGUCCGUGGAUCUCGAUGAGAUCCUUGAUAAUGUCGAUCUAACGACGGACUCGCUUCCUGCCGUUGACACCCCCGACGCUUGCGACAAGGCUGCUCUCAGAUUGAGAUGCUUACUGAGGCAGCUGCAACACGGCGAAAUAUCAGCAGAAUUACUCCAACGAAAUUUGCACUACGCGGCACGCGUUCUCGAAGCCGUCUUCCUCGAUGAAACCAAGGUGAAUUCAGGAGGUGUUGAGCGGUCAUCACGUAGGGGUGCAAGCCUGUCGUCUGCAUCCCUGGGGAGCGCCUUGGACUCGGACGGACAACAGGGCCACGCGGUGGUAACCCAGAAACGGAAGCUUCGCACCCCCGUAUGGGCAAGAGACGCCGAGCGUGUGGAGUCGACCGCCACUUGCCGUCAGGGUAUACGACGUAGGCGGUUGGCGGACGAGGAUGACGAACUCUCGGAGGUACAGCCGGACGCGGUGCCGCCGGAAGUGCGCGAAUGGCUGGCUUCGACGUUCACCAGACAGCUCGCGACCACCAGGCGAAAGGCUGACGAAAAGCCAAAAUUCCGCUCGGUGGCGCACGCAAUCAGGGCGGGGAUCUUCGUUGAUCGGAUUUACAGGCGGGUCACCAACACCGCGCUCAUGCAAUUCCCGCAGGAAGUGGUGAAAGUGCUCAAGACUUUAGACGAUUGGUCCUUCGACUUGUUUUCACUCAGCGAAGCCGCAAUGGGAGCGCCGGUGAAAUAUCUCGGCUAUGAUUUAUUGAAUCGAUAUGGUAUGAUUCACAAGUUCAAAGUGCCAGCAACGGUGCUGGAGUGCUUCUUAGGGAGAGUGGAGGAGGGUUACUGCAGGCAUCGGAAUCCAUACCAUAACAAUCUUCACGCAGCUGACGUCGCACAGACUAUGCACUAUAUUUUGUGUCAAACAGGGCUUAUGAAUUGGCUGACCGAUCUGGAGAUAUUCGCCACGCUGGUCGCGGCGAUUAUUCACGACUACGAGCACACUGGGACCACAAACAAUUUCCACGUAAUGUCCGGCAGCGAUACAGCUCUGCUGUACAACGAUCGGGCCGUCCUGGAAAAUCACCACAUCUCCGCGAGUUUCCGGAUAUUGAGAGAAGACGAGUGCAACAUAUUACAAAAUCUAUCGAGGGAGGAAUUCCGAGAAUUUCGUUCGUUGGUGAUCGACAUGGUUCUUGCGACCGACAUGAGCUUUCAUUUCCAGCAACUGAAGAACAUGAAAAAUAUUCUGAGCCUGGCAGAGCCUAGCGUCGACAAAAGCAAGGCUGUCAGUCUGGUUCUUCAUUGUUGUGACAUUUCACAUCCGGCCAAAAGAUGGGACCUUCAUCACAGAUGGACAAUGCAACUGCUGGAGGAGUUCUUCCGGCAGGGGGAUAAGGAGAAGGCUCUCGGAUUGCCGUUUUCUCCGCUCUGCGACCGUAACAAUACACUGGUGGCUGAAUCGCAAAUAGGAUUCAUCGAGUUUAUCGUCGAGCCGAGUAUGCAGGUGUGCAGCGACAUGCUGGAGACAGUUCUCGCUCCGUUGAAUGCAAAGGAGAACGUGGAUGAGUCGAACAACGGAUCCGGCGGCGAGAGCAGAAGAUUCAAAAUCGGUAAGCCCUGGAUCCCCUGUCUCGCGGAGAACAAGAGAAUUUGGAAGGAGCAGGCCGUUCGAGACGCCGAGGCAAGGGCGCAGAAGGAGCAGGAGCAAAAGGCGAGCAGCGAGAGCCGCGAGGACGGCGACACGACGCAGCCGGCAUCCGAGGAAUGAAAAAUCCGGCGGGCUGUUCUAUUUCUCAAGAGUAUAUGUAAUUUUAGGCUACGAAGAAGCUCGUGAUUCCACAUAAUAGGAGAAAUGUGUCUAUCGCGUGUUACGUGUCCGUCACCAGUGGCACGUCCAAACGAAUCGCGCGUCAUCAAGAAAGUGAUCUCCCCCGACGACCGAGCGAACAAAACGAAAGGUCAAGCGUACGAGUUAAUUAAGAAUACUCCCACGACUAUUUAUACCGUUUGUUUACCACCGCUAUAUUCUUCACCGAUCUCGUUAUAUCACGACGAUCGCACGCCACCUUCUUACCCGCUCGACCAAAAGAAUUACUAUCGAUGUCCCUUUCGCGUCUCCGAUCUACGGAUUUUCCUCGCGAUCGAAGCGUAGCCUUUGCACGAUUCUCACGAUAUCAACGGAUAUUUCUCCUAUUCUCGAUCUUUCGUUGCCGCGAGAUCACCGCGAGAUCUGUAAAUAGAAUAAUAGAAGCUUCGCGGGAUUUCUUUCUUACGGUGGUUACGCUACUGUCCAGCCACUUUGCCAACAUCUUUCUUUCUUUGCAAUUGCCAAGCUGAUUGAAACUGACGCCUUAACCUUGAUAGUGUUUUAUUGUUCGAUUGAUUCUUUUUGAACUGAUUAGAAAAUAAUUAUCAAGGGCCAGCAUCUCGAGCAAUUUACAUCGUCAAAUUUUGCUUCCUAACAUUGUGGUUAACAUUAUGAUUCUUGAAUUUUAUGAUAUUUAUACGACAGAAGAAAUGUUCGUAUCAUUGAUGGAUACGACCAUGGAUGAGUUUGAAUUUCAAAAAACAGACUUUCUUAAUCCUUUAAUAAUUCUUAAUCCCUUAAUCCUUAAAUAACUUUGUUUUUAUUUAUAAAUUUUUCUUCAAUCGAUUUACAUUAUGUUACUGUAUCGCGAUAUUUGAAGAAGUUGAAACACUUGUAGGAAUAAAAAUUUGUCUAUUUUGACGAAGCAGUAUAAAAAUUAUCGUAAUUACAUUUACGUCUUUCAAUAAUUCAACUUCUGUAUAUUAUUAUUAUUUUUUUCUUGAAUGAAUUGGUUUCAUCUAGUAUUACAAUUUUGUUAAAUAUUUAAAAAAAUUGAGAUUCCUAAGAAGUGUCAAUAAACAAACAAUUUUGAAGUUUUGCUCAAUGAACGUGAAAAUUAAGUGACUUUCAAUUGAUGAAGGAUUAAACACAUUAAAUGUAGGUGGUGACUUGUACGUUUUCCAUCGAAUUAACAUACUAUUCGAGGAUCGUUUUCGCUGAAUCCCAUCAACUUCUAACAAUCGAUACUCCCGAUGCUGUUGAUUGCGUCACCAAACAAGUAAUUUACACAUGUUUUGAUCGAAGAUAAAAUGUGACACAAUAUUAGGAACAUUAUGUCACUGUAAUAAGAUAUAAUUUCAACUCACAUUUUCUCGUUAUGCAAAUUUAUGUCUUCUUUCAUUUUUGAUUUCAUCCAUGUCAGUACAAAAGCAAUCGAGAACAUUAAUAUUCUAUAAAAUGAUCUCGUAACAUUAGAACCAUGAAAUUCACAUUAACAUAAAUGCAAUGAAAAUACAGAAUUCAUUAACUUUAUUUAUUAUUUUUUUAUUAUUCAUUACUUUUUAAAAACCUAUUAAAUUACUUCAAAUAUCGAAAAUAAAAUCUACUAAUUUUUUUAUAUUAUUUUCCACAUUCUAAACGAGAUGAUUUACAGUCGUAUUCUAGAGUUUAAUUUUCAUACUUAUUUUUCAUAACUUCGCAGUUACGAGUUAUUAUAAAAAUAUGAGAAACUCCACGAUACGAUUCUGUGGUAAAAACAGAAAACUAACUACUGAAAAAUUUGAUAAUAGCAAUAAAUUACGAAUUAAAAGAAAAAAAGAAAAAUUGGCAAGCAAUUGUUAAGGCGUUACUUUCUCAGCUUAUUUCACGCGCAAAUAUUACUAACGAAAUGUAGAAAUAGUUGAUCGAGUUUCCAUCUUAAGCGUAGCCUAAAGUUACCAACUGCGAUAGGCAGCGAAAAUCAAGAAACAAAUCUCACACACACCGUAAACAUACACAACAUACAGAAAAAAAGAGAAGAAGAAAGAAAUCGUAAACGUACUUAGACAGCACAAUUUUGUCCGUUCGCGAUGAAGUGCUAGCGAGUGUAAAAGGACGCUAAACAUUAGCAUGUUGACGGGUUUUUCAUAGCGUUCCGCCAUUGGAACGUUGUCUUUGUCCGUACCUGUUUUUUCUUACAACUAGUGUGUAACUAAGAGCAUACGUUUUUUCAAUGGAACGAAGACUUUCAUCUUUAAACGAGUAGUGAAAAGGGAAAAAGGGAGAGGGGAAAGAUAAACAAGUAACAUUGAAAUCCGAUCGUUCGACGAACUAUACUGCUAGAUAUAACAAUUGAAUUAAUCGUGUUCCCCUUUUCUUGUAUAUUUCUCGAAAUUUAUAGUUUCUUCUAUUUUUUUAAGAGUCGAUUUCACGGAUGAACUCUGAUCUAAUCCGUUGCUCGUGCGUGAUAUUCUACGUUUGUACGCUGCGCGAAAUACAGAUUGUUUGUCACUUUCGAAUUUUUUUUUUCAUGAAAUCUUCGAAAUUUCUAAUUCACGUUUUUUAAGUAUACGUUGUGAACUCUGACUUCAACUGUUUACCGAUGAACAUCCGUGAGGGUAGGUUUGUAAGCGCGAAUGCUUUUUAAGCGUAAUAUUAGGGUGUCUGAGAAAUAUCACGUAACAUUCCCUUUGACGAAUCUAGUUUCAUUAUUUUCAAAUAAAUAUCGAAAUAAAAACUAAAAUGUAUUUCCUUAGAAGUCUUUUUAGCAUAAUUGCGAAGCUUAAGGAUAUCGUUAAAUUCCUAACCAGAUGUUUACUAUGAAAUCUAGUUCUUCACGAGUAGCUUGAAAGGGAAGAAAUUUUUACUAAAAGUCCUCAUUGAGAAAAGAAUUUCUUCGUAAAAUACGUAAUAUUUCUAACGUUCAAAGAACCAUCAAUCACUGAAGCGAAGAAUAAUGUAAAAACUGAGAAUACGCAAGAAGAAAAAUAUCUAAAUCAAAAAUCAGUGAAAUUUUACCGCGAAAAGAAUUAUAUAAUAGAUUGAUAGUUCUAAUUUUAAUGACACCCUGGUAUUUGAGCAGAGUAUCUUUCUCAAGAAGCUUCACCGCGAAAAUUGAUCGAAUCGUUAGUACGAAGCUUGUAGGAUCGGUAGAUGCGGCUGGCUAUCGCACAAGUGUCGAAUUCGAGGCGAAUUCGAAGUGUUUCCCACGAGGAAAAAUCUGACAUUCGCUCUCGAUAGAACGUCGCGAAGUUGAAAGUCUUCUUCGCGCGGCGCCAAGCCCCAUUUUCGACGCGCUCACGCGAUACACGUCGGAUUUCCGCGCGACCGAAGGAAGCUCACACCUGCCUCCUCGAAACUUCGACACGGAGAAGGGCCAAAAAGUUGCUUCUCUCCCGGGACGGUCCGAUUUCUCCGGUUCGAUUCACUCGCGGGCUUCGUCUUUAUCAAGUUUCCGAGAAACUUGAGAUUCUUUGCGAAAUUGUUUCGGGAUUCUGCUCGAAACUCGAGACACGCCGCUGUUCUUAUUCGAUUUUUUAAAGUGCUCCUCUAUCUGUGCAGUUCUCGUGAUACUUGACUUUUUCAACAAAGGUUCAUUAGCAUUCGAGACACUCGGAACUGUGAAUUGAGAACAUUUGGAGUAUUUCGAAACUCGAGAUAUUGCACAGUUGCCAUCUUGUUCGACUUUUUAAAGUGACUCCCUCUAAAGUAAUUUUAGCAAAAUUCUAGCAAAUUUGACCGCCUCAAGAAAUUUGCUUGGAAUUUCACUUGAAAUUCGAGAUGAUACAUCGUUGUUGUUCUCGUUCGAUUUUUGAUAUGCCUCUCUUUGAAAUAACAUUCUCAAUAUUUGAUUAAUUGAUACACGUAAUAAUACGAUAAUUUUACACUAAUUUCUUUGACUGCUAUUGAAUCGAUACAAUUUAAUGCAAAAUUAAAAAUAAUUAAUCAAAUUUCUAAUUUUGUAUUCUGUUUAAUUUUUGUCAAAAGAGUACACCGAGAGAGUAUAUAUUUCUCAUUUUAUAAUCAUUUUAUCCAGUUUAGAAGAUAUUUUAGUCCCUUCGAAAUUAUAAAAAAUAAAAAGAACAUUUAUUACGAAGAUUAAAAAUAAAUUACAGGUUCAGAAAAUUUUACUGAAAAGAAAGAGCAUAUAACAAAUCGAACAAGGUCAUUUCCAAUGAUGCAACAUCAAAAAAAAAAAGAGAAAAAAACAAGUAACAAAUAAAUCAAACAGUAUCAAUUUAAAUAAAAUCGGAUGAAAUUUCAAAGUGUCAAUGCUCGAGCAAGGAAGGAAACGUACGAAGAAAUGGAAUAAGAAGUCCCCGAAUCAGCGACUGGCUCGACGAAUAAAACGAGAGUGGGACGAGCGUAGAAGAAUCAGGAAGAAUCGGACUUGAAGAUUUCUAGUUGUGUGAGUUAGGUCCAUAGGGGUGUAACGUCGUUGUACAUAACUUACGUUAGAUGUGUAUUCAUAUACACGUAAUGGUGCAGCUUUAAUGUAUGUAAAUGUAAUGUAAAAGAGAUAUCACUAGCGUUUACUCAACGUGUGCACAUGUUUCGUGUGCAUGUACAUACACGUGCAUAGAACGAGGAAAGGGACGGAAUGAGUGUGUGUGUACCGCGCGUUUCACGCGGGAAACGCGCGUAAGUGGAAAUUACGAACGCGUCCAGCUUGAACGUUCGAUUGAACAUAUCGGGGAAUCGCGUCGUUUUAUCCUACCAACCUCCUGAUCGAUUGAACGACAAAUGAGAGGUGAUCCUUCGGAGUCGAGGCUCGUAACGUUCGUCGAGGACGAUGCAACGUAAAGUGGAUUGUGUUACAAAAAAAGGAUGUCGAACGCGCGUAUGUUUGUAAGGAAUAUAGGGGAUGAUGUAGGAUCUAAGGUCUCUAGCUCGAAGGUUAAACAUAUCCGUCCUGUAUUUAUUUUAUUUCUCUCCUUCGCGUACGUGUCGUGUUUCAUUGGCGUGGGAUACGGAUGGAUACGGAUUAGAAAUCUCGAAACUUUACUCGUGUGCGUGUAAUUAACACUUUUUGUUCGUGUUUUGAUUCGCGUAGCUUUUCACACAAAGGUACAUGGAUAUUGAAAUAUACGAACAUAUAUUGAAAUAUUAGGAACAAGUGUAUCAAUAUAUUUAUGUUUUAUUUUGUAUCGUAUAAUUCUCAGUAUUUGUUAAUUCGGAAACAAGACUUGUGAAAAUAAUUAAUCAUUAUAGUGUACAACAAACAUAUCUGAAACAUAUUUCACAAAAUUUCUAAAGCGAAUGUACGAUGCUUUAGACUGCAGGGAAUAAUAAAAUACAACAUGGUUUCGAUUAAUAAAUUUCAAUCAACUAAUUAUCUGCUUUAAUAGAAAAGAAUAGAUGCAUCACAUCUUGUAUAGACAUGCAAGAGAAUCUACUUGUCCACACAAAUUAUCUCUCUAACAUUGAAUAUUUCAUAUAUGUGUUGGUAAAUUCAUUUAAAUAUUAAAUAAAUUAUUAUAUUAAAUAUAAUACAAUAUUGAUACAUGAUUGUUUUGUACUUUAGUGAAUUCAGUACGUGAAUUAAAACAGGAAUGUGCUUAAUUACACGUGUCCAUUAUAUGUCUGAUAUAGAUGAAGAAAUUGAAUUGAAAUUUUGGAAGGUUCAACCUGGAUUGUUUAAAACAAAUUGUACAUGCAAUACCUACAGAAUUUACCAUAUGUAAUUUCUGUAUACGUGCAAUCGAUCAUUUUCUAAAUUUUCUGAAAUUUGAUGCAAAAUUUAAAAACGUCAGACUACCGUUGAACCUUCAAAUUUGGAAAGCCUUCAUUUCAAAUCGAUUGAAAUACUUUGUUACAUUUCCUUUUCAGGCUUCCAGGAUUCCAUUUAUUCAUAAAAUUCGUUUCGCCCUGCUUUUCUACGAAUAUAAACGCACGAAAGAACGAUUGAAAUCUCAUCCAUACAUUCGAAGCAGGCAAACGUGAAAGCGUCACGAUACUCGUGACAGCCGUUCUACGUUCCCCGAACACGACCCGUAUCCUCGUUUAAACGCGAGUUAACGUUAAUUGUACAUAAAAGUGGAAGAAAUCGUGAGCGAGAUCAGUUGCCUGUUCGCAACGCCGACAGAGGAACGUUCGCGUGAUUUUCCCCGUCAGGACGAUUUCUCAAGUAAGACUGUGCACGAGGUUUCGAAUUCGUUGCAGCGGACUUCGUUUCGAAAGCCAAAGCACGCUCGUACAUCGUCGCGGCGCGAAUCGCGACCACGCACUUGCCACUUUUUGCGUUACGUGCUCAGGCACGACUGUUCAUUUUCUUUCCUGCAGCGGACGAGGGGCCAAAACGCGUGAUAGAAUUUAAAGAAAAACUUUAAUGAAAAA